AAGCAUAUAGRGCCAAAAGUGAACCAGCCCUCUCUUGCACUCCUGGAACCAUGACCAAUAAUGGAACAGAUCUAGCCAUUGGCUACCUCUCCUCUUCUGUAGCGGUACUUUUGUUUGGCUCAAACUUUGUGCCACUUAAAAAAUAUGAUACUGGUGAUGGAAUGUUUCUUCAGUGGGUUCUUUGUGCUGCCAUUUGGUUGGUUGCUUUGGUGGUCAACCUGAUAUUACGAUGCCCUAAGUUUUGGCCUUUUGCAAUGCUUGGGGGCUGCAUCUGGGCAACAGGGAACGUUGCUGUGGUCCCAAUUAUCAAAACCAUUGGUUUAGGCCUUGGAAUCCUAAUCUGGGGAUCAUUUAAUGCUAUAACUGGCUGGGCAAGCUCAAGGUUUGGCUGGUUUGGAAUGGAUGCAGAAGAAGUACCAAAACCUCUGCUAAAUUAUAUUGGAGCUGGGCUCUCAAUAGUAAGCGCCUUCAUAUUCUUAUUCAUCAAAAGUGAAAUAUCAAAUGGCACAUGUUCCAUGGACACCACCCCACUAAUGACAGAGCAGGCGAUCAACACAACUCAAGAUCCCUGUCCUGAUAAUUCCUGGGUGGAUAAACUUCCUACAGUAUACCACCGCAUAGUGGGCUGCAGUCUUGCAGUGAUAUCUGGAAUACUCUAUGGGUCUACAUUUGUGCCAAUCAUUUAUAUUAAGGACCACAGCAAAAGAAAUGACAGCAUAUAUGCAGGGGCAAGCCAGUAUGAUUUAGACUAUGUUUUUGCACACUUCAGUGGCAUCUUUCUUACGAGUACAGUCUACUUUCUGGCAUACUGUGUAGCCAUGAAAAAUAGUCCCAAACUAUAUCCUGAGGCAGUCUUGCCAGGGUUCCUGUCAGGAGUGCUUUGGGCCAUAGCUACCUGCUGCUGGUUCAUAGCUAAUCAUUCUCUAAGUGCUGUGGUCAGUUUUCCAAUAAUCACUUCUGGACCAGGAUUUAUAGCUGCAUUGUGGGGUGUUUUCAUUUUUAAGGAAAUACAGGGUCUACGAAACUACCUAUUAAUGAUACUUGCAUUUUGCAUCAUCUUGAGUGGAACUUUAUGCACAGCUUUUUCUAAAAUCUAAACAUCACAAGACCAGC